AUGUGGAAGCUUGUUUUGUGGGUCUUAGGAGUUAGCUCGCUGUUCUGCCGUUCUCUGAGCUGUUAUCAGUGCUUCGUGGAUGUGCAGGACAGUCUUCGGCUGUGUUGGGGUCACGUUUUGACCGAGCACAAUGUUAGGAAUGUUGACUCUUGCUUUAGGAAACUGGACCACAUAUUUAACAACAAUGACAGAGUAAUUGAAGCUGGCAGAGUAGGAAAAGGCUUUGAUGAGCAGCUGAAGAAGAUUCUGGAUGUGGAGAUCUUGUCCCUGGUGGAGGAGUUUGACAAGAAGCUGAAUAAAGAUACAGUAUAUGAGGAAAGGUUGCAGACAGCAGCAGACAAUUUCAUUGCAGCUGCCUCCAAACUGCCUAGAGUCUCUGGAUGUUUCCCACCAUGCGGUUUUCAGAAAGACGGUGCCGUAUACAACUGUAUUACUUGCCAGUACGACUCCUGUGAGUUCCCUCUUGACUGUCCAGUUAAAGAAAUCAAAGCACUGGAAAACAACAGGGCCAGGAUGUGGUGUGAUGUGCCGUUUGCCUUACCUCACAACAUCGAGGUGAUCUGGAGGUUCGCAGCAGAGGUGAAGAGCCAGCAGGUGGAUCAGUUUACAGAGGUGACGGUCGGGGUGGACAGACUCUACUCCAUCCCCAAAGCCAGUUUGCAUCAUCACGGCACCUACCAGUGUGAGAUCUACGAAGGCCAGCGCUCCAUUGUCAGACUGUACUUCUACCUCACAGUGACACCCCAGGUUGUGGUAGGCCACUCGGAGCUGCAGGAGAUAUUCGACCUGUCUCUGCUCCCAGGAGGGCGGAUGGUCCCCGCGCCUGGUGGUCCUCCCGAUUCCCCGUCCCUCCUCCCCUCGCCUGCGCUUCUCACUGCCUGUCUGACUGCUUUGCUGCUGCUGCUGCUCCUGUCCCUUGGGGCUCUGUACUUGGGGUCAAGAGUGGCGAGCACCAGUGAUGGUGAACACACUGAUGGAGAUGAAGAGUCGAGAUGCCCAGUUAGGGAGAUAUAUAUGGUGCAAUAA